GACAGCAGAUUAAAGUAACUAAUAAACUAAUGAGUUAUAAGAAUAAAUGUGAGAAUAUAAAAUGAGAUUUCAGAAGCUUAUUGAACACCAGAACAGAACAGGAGACAGGAUGUAGGGUCUCGUGGCUGAAGAAGUUAAACCGGAAAAAAGCAGAAACACAAGACUUUUUAUUCCACUAAGUGUCUGUUCACAUGUUCAGUGGAGGAUGUGUGUUAGACAUGGCAGAGUUCCUGAGUGGGUUUAAUCUACAGCUGAUGAUUGGUUUACAGAGUGCUGAUGAAUCUUCUCUCUUCAUGUGGUGUUGAUCUUUCAGGUGUCAUCAGUCUGAGUCUCCUUCAGAACAUUUCAGCUGAUCUGUUAUCUGUUGAUCCUGGAGAAAACGUCACUCUGUUCUGUAACAUCACUAAUUAUUCAGAGAUAUCGUGGUAUCACAUGAACUCAGCAGGCGUGAGGCAGAUUAUAUCGACCUCACAAGGGAAUGUGGACAAACACUUUCAUGUUGUUUAUAAUGAAGAUGAGAGUCACUUUACUAUAACAGAAAGCAGCAGUUCAGUCAGUUUAGUGAUUAUUGGAGUUAGAGACACAGAUCUGGGAUUUUAUUACUGUGGAGGUCGAAACAAGGGACACAUUCAGUUUGGGAAAGUCAUCAGUCUGAACUUUACAGGUGGCAGCAAUAAGAUUGCUCCUUCACCAGAUUCACAGCAGGUUGGGGGAAAUGGGAACUGCUGGAUUAUCGUGUUAUGUACUAUGAUUUUAAUUCCUCUAAUGAACAUCUGCAUGUGUGUGUUUUGCUGCAGGAUACAAGGAAAAUUAAAUUUAUCAUGCUGCAGUCACUCUACUGACUCCACUGAAAAGGAAGAAAACAUUCAUUAUGCCAGUGUUCAGUACAAAAGAAAAUUCAGAUCUGCAAACAACAACUCAACACCUGAUUUGGACAGUGUGACCUAUGCAACAGUCGCAGAGCAGCCACAGAGAAACUGAACAACACAAUGUGUCUUUAUUUAUUUUAUUUAUUUAUUUUCUUAUAUGUACAAUUAUUUAACAUAUAAACAUAAGUUUACAUUACCAAUAAAGAUAAAUGCUUAUUAGUAACUUUGUUAUGAAUGUUUUCAGUUUGUAUAUUUUAAUGUCCCUUCAGCAGAACUCACACUGUAGUUGGUCUUUGUAGUUGUAUUCCUCUGUGUGUGUGUGUGUGUGUGUGUGUGUGUGUGUGUGUGUGUGUG